CGUCAUCCUGCGCUGUGUGUUCGAUACCUGCCAUGUUCGAUUGUUUUGGACUACAGACAAGAUGGCCGCCGUCUGUCAGCCGUAAUCAUUCUCAUACUCUUGAUAUUUUCUGAUGAAAUUAGCUCAUAUUUGAAAGUUCCUUGCGAAAAUGGGGUUAUCACAGAGUUCAGAAGUAUCCGAAGGAGGAACCUAUGGAUACCACGUGCAUGGCCUGCAGCCAAAUUCCCCCGCAGAAAAGGCCGGACUGCAGCCCUUCUUUGACUUCAUUCUGUCUCUGGACAACAAAAGACUUAACGAGGAGAAUGACCUGCUGAAGGAGAUUCUGAAAGCCAACAUGGAGAGAGCCGUGGGUAUGGUGGUGUACAGCACCAAAACCACGAGCGUCCGUGAGCUGGAGGUGGUGCCCAGCAGCAUGUGGGGGGGACAGGGCCUGCUGGGGGCCAGCGUUCGCUUCUGCAGCUACCAUGGAGCCAACGAGAAUGUCUGGCAUGUUCUAGAUGUGGAAGCUAGUUCUCCCGCUUCAUUGGCCGAGCUUCAGCCUCACAGCGACUACAUUGUCGGAGCGGAUCAAGUGUUGCAGGAUUCAGAAGACUUCUUCUCGCUGAUCGAGGCCCAUGAAGGGAAGCCUCUGAAGCUGAUGGUGUACAACACAAUUUCAGAUGCCUGCAGGGAGGUGGUGGUCACACCAAACGGAGCGUGGGGGGGAGAGGGCAGUUUGGGUUGUGGCAUUGGGUAUGGCUACUUGCACCGGAUCCCAAUAAAUCCUGAGGAGACGCCGGCGGAGCCUCCCACCUCUGCUCCUGAGGAGGAGCCUGCUCCGGAGCUGCCGACACAUGGAUACACAGAGACACCUUUGAUGGCACCUUCAAGUCUAAGUGAAGACGUGAUAGAUCUGGAGAAGAUCACCCUCGAUGAGGCUCCUCUACCUCCACCCGUCCAGAGGGUCAUGGACCCUGGUUUCUCAUACACUGAGGCGGCAGUUGCUACCCCUAACCCGGCAGAUUUGGUGGACAGACUGGAUCUGUCCGUGUCUUCUAUCGACAUGACCAACAAUUUACUGGCCAUGCACGAGGAGAAGGACGAGGAGAAGGACGAGGAGAAGGACGGGGACAUCUCUGGCGUUGAGGAACUAGAGGACAGUGUGCUGCUCUCUUCGUCAGCGGAGAGCCAGCCCGACCCGCAGGAGCUGAGCUCCGAGGCGGCCAUGGACCUCAGCUCCGCUCUUGCUUCCACGGACACUGACCCAUCUCCCCCGCUCACAGAGGCCACGCCCCUCUCUCUGUGUGAAUCCACUGAAAAUCCACCUGUGUGUGAAGCUUCUCUCCCUGUUGAGUCUCCAGAGCCCCCUUCUGUCCCAGCAGAAGACCCCACCCUGUCUCCUGUCCAAAUCGACCAAUCUCCUGCUGCCGAUGAGUUCACGGCGGCAGAGGAUUCUCCUGCAGAGCCAGCAGAGGAGACAACAGAGGAGCCAGGAGAGGAGACAACCGAGGAGCCAGCAAUGGAACCAGAGGAGCCUCUAGAUGUUUCUCCUGCUCACCAAUAUGAAGGUCACGAGGAAGAACCGCCUCUUGAGUAAGCUCGCACAAAAAAAAAAGUGAUGUUGACAAUCACUGGGGCUUUUUUAAAGGAACACUGUUUAGGAAAAAAACAGAGACACGCUUGUCUGAUUUUAUAUUACAGUCUAACAAUCCCUCAUGAAGUAAGUUACACUACAGAAACAAACUCAUUAGAGAAAUACUAUUUGUUUUAUAUGUGGGAGAGUUACUGCUAAUUUGUACACUAAGGUCAAAGCAUUUUCAUGCUUUGGUGCAAAAUUAUUAGAUUAUACGGGUGACAGGGCUUUGCUUCGGUUGAAUGAAUACUUUAACACUUCCAAAGGCAUACAGCAAAGCACAGCCGCACCUUAAUAUCCCAAAAACACUAUACUACUUUUUUUUUAAGCGCAUUGUUACAUCUGUUGUGUUUUUGAAAGAAAUCCCAAAGCUUUAAAAAGGUAGCAUUUAAGGUUAUACGAGGGAACAUUUUACAGUACUGCCCAUGUUAUGGAUUUUUUAAGUGUUUGUAUGACGGAAAUGUUUGUGCAGAAAAUGAGUUUACUCCAGGUUUCACAAGGUCGGUAUGUUUUAAACACCGUUUCUAAUUUGAUUUAUUCAGCUAUGCAGCCUGGGAUCUGUUAAAAAUAAUUUGUAUGGCUGGAAUCAUAUCCCCCAUGUCUGAUUUUACUCUUUUAAAUAUUUGUAAUCUAUGCAACAGUAGACAUAUGCUGCCUGUGAGUUGGCAGAUAAUGUGCAAUUGUUAGAUAUACAGUAUGUAAGACGUCUAGCCACAGUGAUGCUGCUGUUGAGUUAUUAUUUCUCUUUCUAGGGGGCUUCUUAAAAGUUUUUCACUGUCAAAGUAGGUGCUAGUGUGUAAAAUAAGGAAAAGUAUUUUUGCAGAUAUUUUAUCAAUUAAUUGUAUGUUUUAUUAGGAAUGAGUGCAGAAUCUUUUGAUGAAUGUGAAUGGGUGAAGGUUAAACAAUCAUAUCACUUUAAAAAAGAAAAA